AUGGUGGACGUGAACAGUGUCGUCGAGAUGGUGUUCGCGUACAACAUGAGACUGUUCGUCGUCACCAGGAACAACAUGACGAGGAAGGUCAACGGGACGCGUCGAGGUCCCGACGGCGGACGCGUACCAGUUGACGGUGAGGCUCCCGAACUCAAUGCCGUGCAAAACUCGAUCACCGAUAUAUACAGGAUGUGCACCGUGUCUCCCGUUGUUGGACACGGUGCUCUACUGGAACGCGAUGAGAGCGACGAAUCCGGAACGCUAGUGGUCUGCAAGCAUAAGUACAUCCACACCGACCUCGACGGGAUAAAGAGAUACAUUGAGCAGAUGCCAGACAUAUCUCUGAAGUAG